GUCUGUCUGUCUUUUGUCUCUGAUUCUCUUGGAUAUAUGAAUAUUUGUGAUCAUUAUUCACAACUUUGUUUGGCAACAAAGAAAAAUUAAAAGCUUCCAAAGAGAAAAUCAAGAAAGAUCAUUUUCAUGGCAUUAGACACUGUGGUGUUUCAGCAAGACCCUUUCACUUACGGCGGCCUCAAUGACUCCUUUACCUUAAAACAACAACACGAAACUUCCGCUCAAAGUAGAGGCUUUGCCUUUAGUGCAACAUGUUCUGCUUCCCCAGCUAAUGGCUUUGCCCCACCGUGCCGGCGGAAGAGAGGGCGGAACAACAAUGUCAAGAACAGAGAAGAGAUAGAGCACCAAAGGAUGACUCAUAUUGCUGUCGAAAGAAAUAGAAGGAAACAAAUGAGUGAUUACCUUGGUCUUCUUAAAUCCAUGAUGCCAACCUCUUACGUUCAAAGGGGGGACCAAGCAUCAAUCAUAGGGGGAGCCAUUAAUUUCGUAAAGGAAUUAGAACAAUUUCUUCAAUCUUUAGAGGCCCGGAAAACCACUGAAAAAAACCCAGAAAACUCCUCUUCAGUUUCAUCAACUUUCUCGGGAUUCUUUAACUUUCCCCAGUACUCCUCCACCACCCACCGUAGCUGUGCGGCCUCCGCCGGAGAGUCAGUGGCGUCGUCGUCAUCUGUUGCGAACGUUGAAGUAACAGUGGUGGAAAGCCAUGCGAACCUGAAGAUACUAACGGGAAAACACCCGAAACAGCUGUUGAAAAUGGUGAAUGGGAUUCAAUCUCUGGGACUUUUGGUGCUUCAUCUCAAUCUCACAUCGCAUGAAGAUCUGGUCCUUUAUUCUUUCAGUGUUAAGAUUGAAGAAAAUUGUGAGCUAAGAAGGGUGAAUGAAAUUGCAGCGGCUGUUUAUGAAAUGGUGGAUGGGUUUCAAGAAGAAUCAGCUCAUUAAAUUUCACUUCAUGCUCUUGCUGUAGUUUCUUUAAUAAAUAUCAAUUAAACUUUUGAAUUAGCUUAUUGGAGUUUAAAUAAAAUAAUUUGGGGGUGUCCAGAAAAUCAAGGCAGCUUAUGGGGUCCACUCAUGCCUUUUAGGUUUUGGGAAAUGCUGAGAAAAAGCUCAACAUCUUUUUUAUGUUCUGCACAUAAUU